AUUUAAAUCGAAACGAAAUUCUAACGCUCGCAUUAAGUAAGUCGUAGAAUUUCGGGUCCUGUUUGGCGAAAAAAAUUCGUAUCGGUUUUAGUGAGCGAGAUCGCAGAGUAGGGUGAAUCGAAAAUGACGUGGGUGUGAGUGUACGAGCAAUACUAUUCUGUCAGUCCCGCGGUCCGGCUUUUCCCACUCGCCGCCUCCACCGCGCCGCGCCGUCGCCCGCCAUGCUACAGCAGCUGCCGUCAUCAUCGUCUCCGUCGAAGUUAUACGUAGCGCCGCGCCGCGCAGCCCGCCGUUCGUCGUGUUGAUAAUUCGUAAAGCCGCGAACGAAAAGGAUGUAUGUAUAUCUGCGUCUCGUCUUUCAGUUGACUUUCAUCGUCGUUUCGUAGCGAACGUUUCGCUUGGAUAUCGAUAGGAAAUUGCACUAUCACUACGUAAUGAAGUUAUUGCAUGUAGCGCUUCAGAUACAUCACACGUUAACGGAGAAUAAAUCAAAACAGCUCAGUGUUUAAGAAUUUUUAUUUUGAAAGUGUUUCUGUCUAGUAGGUAUAAUCUCUAUCAUAAAAAUACGUCGCGGCAAUUGUGGCGCAAUGCAGUGUACGUUUCGAUGUGUAUAUGAAGUGUGUUGUUUUGAGUUAUUUUGUGACAUUGAUUUCAAGAACAGUGCUUUUGAACAUUGGAUUGUGCUAUAAACAUGCUGCCCGUGGUUCAAUCCGAGCCCAUGCUUUUCAACUGCGGUGUUCACUCUGUGAAUGGCGCCGCAACUCCUUCGAUAUCGUUGCCACCGUCGCUAACACCAGAAUCGGACAUUGGCGAAUUAGUUGACAUCUUCUUCGAUGUUGAUGUUGCUGUUAAUGACCAUUCAAGAAUUGAGUCCUGUGACCUCCAACUGGGAGACACAUGGAGGGGAAUGCAAGGCAAGAUGAGCGUGACAGCGCCGGUUAAGAAGAUAAGAAAAAAGUCAGACAAUACGCAACAAACUCAAAUUAAUAAGUGCCAGAAUGAGAAAGAGCGACGGAAACUUGAAAACGAAACUAUAAAUCAACUCGAGGAGCUUCUUGGUACUUGUCUCGCCGAAGUAAAGCAACCGGACAAGAACGGUAUUGUCCGAGAGGCCACCCGUCAGAUCCAGGAGGUAUUGAAACGGCGACGCGAGUGUCCCAGCGAGUGUCCCCUACGAUCGCCCCAGUGUCUAUCACCAGUACAGGCCGGGGAGAUCAGCUCAACACAGCCGCAGUUGCCCUGCACCGGAUUACAUUAUUCUGAAGUCACAACUUUAAUUGAGGCACUCAAACAUUACACCAAUAACCUCGGAUGGGUUUUAUUGGAAAUUAAUUCGAAAGGUGAAAUAGAGUGUGUAUCAGAUAAUAUCAAGGAGUUUAUUCUUCACGAAAGAACAGAACUAUAUAGGAAAUCGAUAUUUUCGAUUUUACAUGAGAAAGAUCAUGCGAAACUAAGACCGUUACUUAGGAACAUACAAUCUUUCAACUGGGACUCGGCAGAUAUUGAUAAAUUCCACUUUGUGAAAGCAAGGCUCCUCGUUAAAAAUUCAAAUGGGACUGACUGUGGCGUUUACGUGGAGACAGUGAUACACGCUGCGCCAGUGCGCGGCUCUUCUUCGGAGGAGGCCGGCUCCGUCAUGUGCGUCAUCCGGCGCUGCGACGACGCGUCGGCCGUUCUUAUUCCCGACGACGGCGGCCCGCCCGCCAUCACCGCCAAGCAGUCCGAUCAUAUCGUCUUCAGAUUAGACUGCAAUUUUAAUAUUUUGUCUUGUGACUUGAGUGCAGUGGACAGUAUAGUAAACUCACCAGUUUCUCUUGUGGGCACUCGAUAUUUGGACUUGGUUGACAGUGUUGAUCGUCUACGUGUUGCUGCACAUCUGCUGGAAGCAGCAUCAGCGCCUGCGCCGCCUGCGGUCAGUGAACCGUUUCGACUGCGCGUCACCCCCGACCAUCCGUGGUUGCGUGUCAGCGCCCGAUCGCGGCUGUUCAGGUCUCAGGCCACCUCUGGUGAACCUGACUUCAUAAUGUCAACGCACAGCGUUCUUUGUGAUGAGGAGAUAGAUAUGUUGGAAUCUGAAAGCCCUCGCCCUGCGGUCGGCGGCCCGCUCAUGCCCUCCGUGACCAACGGAGAGUCUUCCAUGUGCGAGUCGCGGUAUCGAUCUCCCGUCAGUCCGGCCACGAAUCCGUUUUCUAUUAACGAUUUCGAGUUUGAACCUUGGGCUUCUUCUCUCCUUGGUGAAAUGUCAAAUGAAGAUUCCAAGGAACCCAAGGAUGGGUCCGUGGAGGGACCGCCUUCAACCCCGCUUACGCCUCGGGCGCCUUCCACUCCUGGUGAAAGCGCUCACGUCGUACAGCCUCCUGAAGAGCCAAAUCGGUUACGAACGCUGUUGAGCAAGAAGCCUAAUUCGUCUUCCGAAGCAAACUCCAACUCGAACAAUCGUAUUCUGAAAGAUUUAUUGAAGCAAGAAGACGAAGAGGCGACAGGAAGCGAGACGUCGGCGCCGCACACCCCGCACACGCCGAUGACACCGCACACCCCGCACACGCCCGGCGCGGCGCUCUCCCCGCUGCACUCCGCGCCGUCGCACGCGCGUCCGCAGGCGCACUUGCAGCCGCACGCCUCGCACUCCGCGGGACAGCACUCCAUGCAACAGCUUCAUCACAAUAAUUCCGACGUCCUCCUUAAGAUAUUAAACGAUAAAUCAGACGAAGAUACGGAGGAAGGGAGAAGAAGCGCUUCGGACAGUAAUCGCAGUAUGUCCCAGCCCAGCGCGCUCCUCUCCCAGCUGUUGUCGAGCAGCAACGGCCCGGCGGGUAACGGACGCUCGCAGGACGGAAGCGACAACUACCUGGAUAGAAUCGCCGGUGUCAAACGCAAAUUCGAAGACGCCAAAGCGAUGAGCGGUAAUAUGAAGAGAGCGACCCCAGAGAAUCAACAGGUGACGUCCAGUGCUGUAUCGGUAGCGUCAUCGACGGCGACGUCUACGGCCGGGAGCCCGGCGACGAGCGGCCCGGGCAUGAGUCCGCUGUGCCGAAAGAACCAGAUCCUGGUGUCGUUACUGGCGCGCGAGCAGACCACGCCCACCACCCCGCUGCCGCUCCCCAACCCCAGCCUGCGCCCCUACGGACCCACCAAUCGACCGCGAGCGCCGCCUCCGCCUCACCCAGCUCAGCAUCACCACCACCACGCCAUGCAGCACCACCAGCGGCACCAUUCGACGCUCUCCAACAUACUCACCGGAGUCAACCAUCGGGCGGGCAACGUGAACGGCGGCGGCGGCGGCGGCGGCGGCGGCGGCGGCGGCCCGGCGGCGGAGUGCUCGUCUGCGCAGAGCCACCUGCAGAUGGUGCUGCAGGGCGGCGCGCGCUACCCGCCCGCCUCCGCGCCCGCGCCCCUGCACUACACCAACACCACGCCGCACCACACCUACAACAGCCAGCCGCCCUCAAGUAGCAGUAGCCUGACUCAAGCCGUUCCCGGUGACGGCGAGGUCCCCAGUGAUCUGAUGCUGUCCGACAUAUUGGACGAGUUCAUAGAGAGCAUGCCCGACUCGGAUCGUUCCGCUUCUGAUGUUAGCAUGCGCCAAAGACAGGGCAUGAAAGAGAAGACUGCGAUAGUGAACGCCAUCCGACAGAGACUGAUGCACGAGUGUGAGACGGUCACGAAGAAUACAAAUGUCACGAGUCCCAGUGCACUGCCGCCAUUCUCUGUGCAGAGUCCGGUGUGCAGCAUGUACCCGGGCGGCGCCAGCCCAGCGGCCGGCGGCUCGCGCCCGCACUCCAUCGCCGAGCAGCGCGCGCGCCUGCUACAGAUGCAGCGCUCGCAGCAGAUGCUCGUCUCGCCAGAGGCCGCCGAUCAGCCCCAGCAGGAUCUUGGUUCGACCAUUAAUGCUCUCGUUUCCGCGACUCCGCCCAACGUGGCUCUGACUCGAACGGAUUAUCAUCAUAAUCUAUAUCAAACGAGUCAAAUAGGGUCAAAUUAUGGUACAAAUAAAAUGACUACCACUAAUCAGAACCCCAUGUUAAGCAGACAGCUUAGUGUGCCGGGUUCGGGCGGGUACGCGCACGCGGCCGCACUGCACACGCCCAUGUCGCCGCAACCCUACCACCGACCGCCGAGACCGCAUCUAGUGGGCGGCUACUACGAGGAGGGCGCGGGCGGGUACUGCGCGGAGUACGCACGCUGUCCGCCGCUGCCGCCACACGUACCGCACCCGCCCCACCCGCCUCAUCCGCCUCACCCGCCCCACCCGCCCCACGACCACCAGCUGUCAUGUGCGGGAGGCGGCGGCGGGACGAGCGGCGGGGCGGGCGGUGGCGCGGGGGGUGGCGCGGGCGGCACGUCGGAGUACGUGCGCAACGAGCUGCGCGCAGUCGUGGGGGCGCGCUCGGCCCGCCCAGACCUGCAUACGUUGCAGCCGCCGGACCUCGACCCGCUCGUCUCCUUCGACAUGCCCGCGCCAGGUGGCGGCAGUACCGCACUGGGAGGCCGGGCCGCGGCGGCGACAAGCUCGUGGGAGUCGCAACAGUGCACCCCGAAUACUACGGAGGCGGGCUCGGCGGAGGCGGCGGACGGUGAUGAGACGCAGACGGGCGGGUCGGCGGGCGCGGGCAGUAAGGCGUCGCUGCUGCAGAAGCUGUUGUCGCAGUGACCGCCCUCGCCGAACUUGCAUUUAUAACGUUGCUGCCGCGCUCUGCUCUAGUGCUGCUAGACGUCUACCUCGGAGUCAUCUGGAGUUGUACAUCAUCGUUUCCUCAAUUAAAAAAAAAUUAUGAGAAAUUCUUCGACGAAAUUGUGUAACGGUAAAAUUGAAACGAACGUACUCAUGUACGUGUACGUGUAGUAUAUAUAUUUUAAAUAUACAUUUCGAUGCGAAAUAUUUAGGUAGCUUCCUGUAACGGAAAUAAAACAAAGAAUGCAAAUUCGACUCGUUAACAUACAGCAUGUACAAUAGUAAUAUACCGCGUGCAAUAUUGUAUAGAUAUAAACGAAUGUUUUGGCGUUGUGAACGUUAUAUGUAUGAUAAUAUGUAAGUCAGAUGUUACCUGUUAUGACAAAGUAAAUUGUAUUAUAAGCUCGUAUGAGGUAAUGAAUGGUUUUCUCUGGCGGAGAACUUUGUGUUAGCGUGUACAUAAGUUGUUAAAUUGUAGCCGUUGCUUUAAUGUAAAUAUUUUGUUAAAUACAUCGCGUUUCAUAUUAAAUGAUCGCGUCUUAAUUUGAUUUAAAUGAUUUCAUAUUGAUAACGAUUAAAUCAUUACAAAGUUUUCCUUAUGUUUUCACUUGUUCAGUUUUUAUUAAACCCUUUUGAUAUUAAAUUGUGUUUUUUGUUCUGUUUUGUUGUUAAUUUUCAUGAUCUCGAAGUAUAUAACAGUUUGGAUCAAAGUUUAUUUUCCCAUUGUUCAUAACAUGUCAUUUGUUUACAUUUUUUAUUGUUCAUACAAUUUUAUUUUUAUAUUAUAUAUAUGUAUUUUUUUGAUAAUUUGCUGCUAUUGAUUUGUUACAUGUGAUAUGUACAACGAUUUGAUCUGUGAGAGGAAUAAACGUAUUAAGGAGUUUUUGUCUAGCCGAAGAGCUUUUUACAAGUAAAUAAUGCUGAAACAUAGUUUGUAAAAAAAUCUCUUGAUGCAGUUUGACUAAUUGUUCAAAACAAAACACGUGUGCCUACUGUUAUAAAUUAGUGUGAAAUGUGAAAACAAAAAAAAAUCAAAACUCGACAUGUCCCGAAAUUGAAAUCGUGAUUGAUCGACAACAAAGCAAUAAUAUAUACCUUCAAAUUAGACGCAAAAAUAAGCUCUGAGUAUUUGCGUUAAAAAAUAAAAUUAUAGUUACUAGUCUCAAGUCUGAAAGGGCCGUAGUGUGGAGCCGUACUAUUGAGUUGGCUACGUCGUGUUCGAUAACAUGAAACAUCUGGCUUAAAAAGUAAAAGCGAUACGAUUCGAUCUUGAGGCGUCUCGACUCGACCGUCGUAUUUCGAUUGCGCAACCACUAAGAACAUUUCAAGCAAUUAAUUUGUAUAAAGUAUCGAUACUUUGAUCUGUGACCGAUGACGAUCUCGCUUAUCAGCUCUGCUGUAAUUAUCGCUUACUCGUCGUCUCCUUAUCGUUGUCGUGACAUUUAAAUAUAUACCGUUAAAAUUAUGAAUGUAAAUUGAAUGUUUCGAAGUCUGUAUUUUGGCAGCGCUAUCGUCUAAAAGUAAGUCUGACAAUGGCGGGACAUCGAUGUUGUGUGUCAUCUCUAGCAAAUUUCUAAUAAAAUUUUUGUAUAAUUGAUACGAUGCGUAAUAUGUUAAUGUCUCAUUAGCGUAUACUUAUUCGUGUUUUAAUGAUAAGAUUAAUUGUUUAAAUGCACACGUCGAGUGCGUUGAUGUGUAAAGUUAUUGUCGCUGUUAGUACAUGUCGGGUGCGAUGUCGGUUAUGCGGGCACUUUGCGUACGUACAUAUGUUCGUCAUAUUUGGCUGAAUCAAAAUCGAUUUUAUGUCCUUGAAUAUAAAGUUCAAUUGAUCGAUUCAAAUACAGCGAGUAUUCGUACAUAAAAUGAAGUGUCCGCAUCAGGUGUAUCGAUUUUAAUGGCGCGUCAAUGUUUACAAUUUGAGGGCAUGCGUGGCAAUGACAUCUUCGCUACCAGCAUUUACAUGUCGGGACCACUGUAAUCCCUCGAUGUAAUGAAAGAAUAACGAAGGUGACUCGCGCGAUGUUUUGCUUAUUAAUAGUACAAUUUAGUUUUGCACAUUGAACGUAUUUUAGUAUCGCAAACAAUUUUAUACACCUUUUCAUUAGAACUAUACACGUUGAUAUCACUGUAUCGGGAAUUGAAAUAGAAACCAAUAGUUAUGCUAGAUUUAAUAAAGUAACUGAUUCAUUUGAAUUUCGGAAUUGACUUGCAACUGGUCAUCGAGUACUUAAGAGAGUUGUAAAAUUUCGAGUCAUUCAUUUAACUGUUGAUUCUCGUUUCAUUGUAACUUUAAACUAUUUUGGGAAUAUGUUUGUAAUAUACACGUAGGCGCGGAAGUAUGUUGAACUGCGCUACCUAACUAACCAAUGAACGUACAAAUAAGAUUAGAUUAUCCAUAUAAAAAUAAAAAUAAACGAAAUAAUAAUUUAAGUAUUAAAUACAAAUAUUUUUAUACCAUAUAAACUAAUAGUCUGAAUGUUAGACCAUUACUGAUAGAAUAAAAAAUAAAAAACGGAUAACAGCCAUCUCUCUCUCAGAUGGGAGAGUCGAAAUCUUCCGUAAGUAACACAGACGUACACAUAAAAAUACAAGUAAUAAGUAAAGUACAAGAGAACGCCUUCAAACGAGAAAAAAAAGUAGAUUUUAUAAGCUAAAUACAUUUAAUAAUAGCAAUAAUCUUAAAUUAUAUUCGAACGUAUAAAAAAAAUCUAUAAAAGAAAGCAUCAAAUGCUAUAAUAUAAUUUGCAUCCUGACAAAGGUAUAUACACAUAGUAAUAUAUAUUUUUGAUCAGAUUUACGAAAUCGUACAUAAUUACUUUACGCAAAGACUAAAAGAAGUUGGUGAGACGUCCACUCCCCUUGUAAUAUUAAAUCUAUAAACGAAGGCGUUGCCGAUAUUAUAAUAACAAUAAAAAUAAGUCAUACAAAUUAAUGCAUUCGUGCCUGAACAAAUAGAAUAAUGAAUAGUAAUUCAGCCUUUAUUAUAUAACCUAUAUUACAGCCUAUAUAUUUGAAAUAGCCUUGUUUCAAAUAUUUAAGCUACUUAAAAUACUAUCAGUCAGUCCAAAACUCAUUUCAGUCUUCCAAAAAAUAAUUCAAAUUUAAUUUAACUUAUUUCACUGUCAUGAUGGUAAUACCUGAGAAAAAAUGAUAAAUAUGCGGUUUUGAUUCGUAACAGCAGGAUCUAACAUUUAUUUAGUGGUGUGAUUUAAAAGUGCUGUCCGUAUAUAAUAAAAUCAUAUAGAUCAAAAACGCGUUCCCCUAACUAAAUCGUUUCGUUAAAUGAAUUAAGCAGUCAAAUGAGAAAGAAUAAUUAUUACAAAUCAAAAGGUUCCAGACACAAGAAGAUUAAUAUACUAUUUCGAUAAAAUGACAUUUGCCAUUAACAUUUCGUUUUCUGCAUAGAUGUUAAUAUUAGGACUAUGAAAAAAAAUUUAAUUGUAAUUCAUGUGUUAAUAAUUAAUAUCGGUCCGAUGUUAAGAAUGUUGCGUACCUCAUAAAGUUUAAUAAGCCCGUUCUAGUUGUAAUAAUGUAAUCGUACAAACCGUAAGCGAGAGAGUGCGAGAAUGUCGAACACUGCAAUGUCGUUGCGUUUUUUUUUUUUUUUUAAAUAAAUAUAAAAUCUUUGAACAGCUUCGUCAUUAACGGUAGACACAAAAGAUAUUAUUAUAAGGACAACAUAAGAAAUAUUAGAGUUUAUGAAGAAAAUUGGCAUGAUAAUUAUUAUAUUAUUAUAAAAUGUUAUGACUAACUUGAAAUUAUAUAAGAAAAAUAAACAAAAAAAAAAAAGAAGUAGGUUUAUGAAGUUUUUUAUAACUGUACUAUUGCCACAGAGGAUAUUUUCUUAAAAAUAAAUAUUGUAAGGGUCCAAAAUUCCAUCCAACGUUGCAGGAAGAUUACAAUUGGACUGCAUUGACAAUUGUGAUACUGUUGAUGUAUAAUAGAAAUAUUUUUAUAGUUCACGAAUUGACUCUGUGGCGUAGAACAGCCGAUCACUUUGCAUUCGGUGUCAAGAAACAUGGAUCCGUACGGGAAUCUCUGUUUCUGUGGGAAAAUAUAAUUAGUUACAAUUAAUAAUGUUUAAUAUUAUUUCAUGUAGUUUUAUAAUCCGUUUUGUGCUGUUUGUCAAUAAUAAUAAAGAAAUUCCUCAUUAUAGGAUAAGUUAUGUGUGAUAAAAAUAUUUAUUAGAAAGGAUGACAGUCGCUAACACAUUAAAGACACUCCCGUACGAAAUCGAUUUUAUUUGUUUGUAUAAAAUCGUGUCUUUUGUCUUGGCCUGUCGUCUGAGAAAAGGGUAUUUUUGUAUUGUGAAUAUUAAAAUAGGUUGAUAGUUUUGUUAUAUUAUUAUUAUACCUAUAUGCUAUUUAUGUUUUCCUUAAAACACUGCAAAGUGAUUUAAACGUUUGUCAUUUACUUAAAAGAUUUUUUGGGAAGCGUUCUUUUUCACGUACGUAGAGAUAUCGAGACAAUUUGUUUGCUGUGAUGAAAACAAAGACUAGUCCUCUUCUCCAAACAAAUCAUUUAAGUGAGCGACGUUAAGUCUGUGUUAUUUAGUUCUUCUAAUAGUUAAGGCCAUUUUUGUGUUGCUGUGCAUUUUACCUAUGUACGUAUGUGUUUAUAUAAAUUGUAAAUAUCUAAAAUACCUAUAUUUUUACGAUUAGCAUACACAACCAAAGUUGUUAUAAAAGUGAUGGUUGAUUAAACAAUAAUUUUAAAUUA